AAGAAAAAGAAGAAGAGGCAUGGGCGUGGAUUACUACAAGAUUCUCCAGGUAGAUCGGAGCGCCAAGGACGAUGACCUCAAAAAAGCCUAUCGGAAGCUCGCCAUGAAGUGGCACCCCGAUAAGAACCCCAACAACAAGAAAGAAGCCGAAGCCAAAUUCAAACAAAUCUCCGAGGCCUACAAUGUUUUGAGUGAUAUGCAAAAGCGAGCAGUGUAUGAUCAGUACGGAGAGGAGGGGUUGAAAGUUCAGGUGCCGCCGCCAGGUGCCGGUGUGUUUUCGGGUGGGACUGAGGGUAGACCGACGUCGUUCCGAUUCUCCACUAGGAGUCUGGACGAUAUCUUCUAUGAGCUUUUCAGGUUUUCGAGUUUUGGAGGUAUAAGCAACUUCGGUGGUGGGUCACGGGCCAGCGAUGGUAUAUUUGCUUCCUUUAGAGGUGGAGGUGGAGAGGGCUUCGCAUUGGUGGAACGGAACGCUGGUGGGGGGAUGUUGACGACAGAACGGACACACGUUCGGGAGAGAGGAGGGAGAGAGGAGCGAGCUCAGCCAUGUUUCUCAAAAAUCAAGUGUUUGCCAAUACUGAGGGAGGGAACGAAAAGUUCAGGAGAAUUUCGUCAUUUUGCCAGCGCCACGUACGGUGUGCGUUCGGCUGAUCCCAAACAGGACUGCUCCCAAUAUUUUUUAAAGCGUGCGUUCGGCUGA